AUGCCAGACCCACGAAAGGUGCCACGUGCUUCCUACGAUUCCCAGGGCACUGCCUCAGAUGCGACAUUGGAGGGGGACGAAAAGCUUGAGCGCUACCGCGACGUCGAUUUGUCUCCGGAGAUCUCCUCGAUAUACCCUCCCAAACGCACCUCUUCGCGCUACAAUGCCGACGCCGACGAUCUCGAAAAUGGUAUGGAGAUGCAGCUCGACGACCAGGAAGCGGUGGGAUUGAUGCAGGCCGAUAGAGAUGGUCGGCUGAACAGGCGGAUGAAGAUGACGCCGGCGCCGGUGUGGGCACGGCUGGGUUCGAAUGGCUUGAGAGCCGGUAAGAACAGACCGAAUGUCUUUGCUGGCUGCUUGAUCUUUACCGGUGUCGUGCUUGGGUUCAUGCUCGGCUUGCCCUUCCUUCAGUGGCUCUCGUCAAAUACAGGGAAUGCCGCAGGAGAAGCAGCAGCAGCAGCAGCUACAACGGCAGGAGCGGAACGUCCCGUCAUCAUAUCCGACACAGUAGACCCUGCCGCAUCAGCAUCGACCAUCUGGAAGCAGGCACCGUCUGCCGACACAGCUGCCGGCAACUAUGCUCUUUCCAACACAUCCAUCUUCCAGGUCGACUUUCAAGAAGCGGGCUGGAACGACUUCGCCCAAUCUGCGGCGGGCACCGGUCUCGAUCCAACCGAAGUCGCCUCGUCCAAGUCGAAAGACGGCAAGGAUCUCAUGCCUCUGGAUAUGGACACUGUCUUUGGCGGCACCCUUGCCCCCCAGACGAGUGACCUGACGUGGAGCGAGGAAGAUCCAGACGAAGGUGUUUUCAGCCACGUCGACUGGAGGGAGCGCAACAUUUGGCUCGAGGACGUCACCCACGCCAGACACCAAAAGACCGGCACGGGCAAAGUCGCCUCAUUCGGCGGCAAGAGCUUGAUGGUCGAAGGCAAAAACGUCGUCGAUGGCAGGGGCAAGAUGCUCGACUGGACUAGCUUCAAGUUCUCGCCUGAUGUUCGCUGGGUAUUGUUCUUCAGCAGCGAGACCAGUCAAUGGCGGUACAGCUCAAAGAGCUACCUGUGGCUGCAUCACAUUGCCAGCAAGAAGACGGUUCCGCUCGGGACGGGUCCUAGUGGACCUCCAAAGGUCUCGUUCGCGGCGUGGGCGCCCCAAAAGCCAGGCGCCUCGUCGCAAGAUCCACCCAGCAUCGCGUACGUCGAAGAGAACAACCUCUACUUUGUCCCCCGUGCGGGAGAAGACGCGGUCAAAGUGACACAGGAUGGAGCCGCCACAAUCUUCAACGCCGUGCCGGACUGGGUCUAUGAGGAAGAAGUGUUCGGUUCGGACUCAGUCAUGUGGUUCAGUCCCGGUGGCACCAAGCUCGUCUUCCUGCGCCUGGAUGAGACUGAUGUGCCUGUGUACGAGUUCCCCAAGUACAAUCCGGAUCGGUAUCGAGCCGGACUCACGACGCCGUAUCAGAACAUGACGCGCAUGAAGUAUCCUAAACCUGGUUUCCCGAACCCUACCGUCAGCGUCAAGAUGAUCGAUCUCGACGAGAUUAGAGAGGCGACCAGGAAGGGCACCAGCAUCCGGCCCACACAGUAUACGCUGCACAGUCCCCAGUCGAACAAGGGCAAAGCGGAGAACGAUGUGGAUCGGUUGCUCUCGAGCGAUACGGGGGUCAAGGAGAGGUUGGUGACCGAAGUUAAGUGGGUGUCGGAUGACCAGCUGCUGGUGAAAGAGACGGAUCGGUACAGCGACGUGAUGCGCAUCGUCAACUUCGAUCUUUCAGGCCAAGGCAAAGGCCCUGCGGAAGGUCGUACCGACUUGGUGGGGCAAGCAGUUCGCAGGCAAGAUGCACGUGCCGACAAGAGCGGAUGGAUCCGCGCUGCGCAGACCAUCGAACCGCUCUCGCACCAUAACUUGUCAGUAGGAUCAACGGCCUAUCUCGAUAUCGUCGUGUCGGCUGAGGGGUAUCGGCACCUGGCGUACUACGAAUCGGCGGUGUCGGACCGACCCAUCUUCUUGACGCGUGGUCGGUGGGAGAUUGCGGAGCUCAAGCACGUCGACGCCAAGCGGAACAGGGCCUACUUCGUCGCUGCGAGGCCUACGCCGGCGCUUCGCAACGUGUACUUUGUCGAACUUCCAGACUGGAAGAGGGGUUCUGUAGACUAUACGGUCAAGGAACCCGUGGCGCUCACGGACGUGUCCAAGCCAGGAACGUACGACGUAAGCUUCGAUCCCAAAGGCGCCUAUUACGUUCUCGACUAUCAAGGACCCGAUGUGCCUUAUCAAAAGGUCAUCGGCGUCGACGAUGCCAAGUUUGAGCUCAUGCUCGAGGAAAACACGCUGUUGCGUCAGAUUUCUAGUCAGUAUGUCAAGCCGUCCAGCACGUUCUACCAGCUCGUGCUCAACAGCACCAUGCCAGACGGUACAAGGACAGUGGCGAGCGUCAAGGAGACUCGCCCGCACGAUUUCGACCCGACUGGUGCCACAAAGUAUCCGGUACUGGUGCGAGUGUAUGGCGGGCCGGACUCGCAGCUGGUGGACGCGAGGUGGAACCGCGCCGAUUGGCACCAGUACGUCGCGUCGACGCUUGGGUACAUUGUCGUGAUUGUCGAUGGACGCGGGACAGGGUUCAAGGGGCAGAGCUACCGAGCUGCUGUGGCGGGCAAUCUGGGCAACUUGGAAGCGCAAGACGUCAACGAAGCGGCACAGCUCAUCUCUACGCUGCCUUACGUCGAUGAAUCGCGCAUCGGGAUGUGGGGUUGGUCGUACGGCGGCUAUUUGACAGGCAAAUGCGUCGAGCUCAACCGCAACAUCUUUUCACUCGCCGUCUCAGUCGCCCCGGUCACCAAGUGGGAAUUCUAUGACUCGGUCUACACGGAGCGAUACCUCAAGUCGCCGCAGACCAACAAGCAGGGCUAUGAGACGUCGGCGAUACACGCCACGGCCGGGUUUAGCAAGACCAAAUACCUACUGAUGCAAGGAUCGGCGGACGACAAUGUGCAUUUCAGCAACUCGGCGCAUCUGUUGGACCUGCUGACCAAGGCCAAGGUCAGAGGGUUCAGGUUUAGGAUGUUUACCGAUUCGGCACACAGCAUCAGGACGAGGGGAGCGUACAGGGAGCUGUUUGAGGAGAUGACGGCCUUUCUCAGGGAGAACUGGGGCGCGGGUGGCCGGAGGGAGGCGAAGAAGGCGAAGGCGAAGAGUAGGCCUGGUUUGCACAAUUCUGUAGAGUGA